CUUUUUGCCAUGUUGCUUGACAUAAAUAGAAGCAUAGAACACUCUCAUUUUUCUCCAUCCAAAUAUUUUGUUGUCGUUUUGAGAAGUACACAUAUACAUAUAUAUGAGUGAGCUUCAUCUUCCAACAAUGUCGUUUUUCAACAAUAUUAUUAGUAGUAACUCUUCCCAAGGUUGGGAUGAUCGUAAUAACAAUUUGGACAGCCUUGGAAUUCUCAAUUCGGACACCAUGUCUUUAGUGAUGGGUGAUGAGAACAGUUCGUUUUUGUCUCCUUUGGGCUCCGAAAUAUUAGACGAUGAUGAUUUUUCCACUGGUUACUUGGAAGAUGCUUUGGUUGAAUUCAGUGACAGGUCAAAGAGAAGACGUUUACUGGUUUAUGCUGAUAAUGAUCAUGAUGAAGAUAUCAUCAUGAGAGACCAUCACUACUCCAAUCAUCUUCUUUCUAAGAGUUACUGGGAAAUGUCUCAUGAGAAUUUCACUUUCAUGAGUGAUCAGUUCACUGACUUUAAUGAACUACUCUCCGGUGGUGGUCUAAACACAGAGAUGAAAACAAUAUCAGAAGAAGAAGAAACUCUUGAUUCCUCUUCAUCUUAUUCUUACAAAGACUCAGCCAAUAACACCAACUCCAUCUCUGAAAAAGAGACUCUAUUUUCAGCAGACCCUUCUUCUGACAGUAGUAGCGGUGGAGGUGGUGGAGGUGGUGGUGGUGAGGUGAGUAAGAAAAGGGUGAUAACAAGGGUGGUGUAUCCAUUUGCGGUGGUGAAGCCAGGAGGGAGAGAAGGGGAGGUGACGUUGAACGACAUAAACGAGCGAAUUCUGAUGCCACCGACGAGGCCGGUGAGGCAUCCGGUGGGUGACUUUGCGUGUCGGCCAUGCGUGUCUCCUCAUGGUCCAGGCCUUUCUGGUAAAGCUGUUGUUGCUCUCACCAAAAUUCAAACUCAAGGCAGAGGCACCAUCACUAUUAUUAGAACUAAAGGUUAAUUAACCCACAUUAUUAUUAAUUAAUCCAUUAAUUAAAGGGAAAAAUUCCCUACCUACCUAUCUUCUCCUUCCUUAAUUCCUACCUCUUCUUCUUCUUUGUUUCUCUUAAUUUUCUGCUUUUCAAACAUGUGUACAUAUAUAUUAUGUGAAUGUACCUAUUAUAUGAAUAUGGGGGUUAUUUAAUUACACUUUAUUACUUGUACUAUAUAUUAUUCUCUUAAAUUA